AUGGCAAAUCACGAGAUCAUUAAAAAUCUAAUGAAGAAGGAGGGGAAACCAAAACUGUUGCAACUCAUAAAUGAACAGGAAAGCAUACUUAAAGAAAGCAAAAUAAAAUCUAAAGAUACGGCAACAGUGCCAGCUCGCAAUUCUGAAGAUGUAGAGUCUUCCGAAUCUCAAGAUUCUUAUUUGUCAGUUGUGAAUGAAAUGCUAGAAGAGUCGUAUGCCGAAGCGAUGAAGAAUAAUAAAAAUGAAACAUUGGCAAAUCAAGAGGUUGGUGCCGAAAUGGAAAUUUCUGUAGAAGACAUUACUGAAGCAACAAAUGCUGAAGAUAAGUCCAGUGGAGAGACAAAGUACGACUCAAAUGAAAAAUCGGAGGAUAAAGUAGGAGAAUGUAAAGAAAAACAGCAAGCAACUGGGUUCAAACAACAAUCCAACAUUACUGAAGCAACAAAUGCUGAAGAUAAGUCCAGUGGAGAGACAAAGUACGACUCAAAUGAAAAAUCGGAGGAUAAAGUAGGAGAAUGUAAAGAAAAACAGCAAGCAACUGGGUUCAAACAACAAUCCAACGUGUCAGAUGCAGACAAAUCUAAUGCAACGUCACCAGCCUUGGAAAAAAGUAGACCAGGCAGUCACGAGAGGAUACCAAUUAUAUCUAUUGGUAUAAAAACGAUAUCCCACAAAGAAAAAUCAGGUAACAAAUCAAUGUCUGAAAUUAAAAAUCGUGAUUUCGACAAAGAAUACUCUCCGGAUGAGAGGGAAUUUCAAGGAUUUGCUGAAGAUAUUAUUAAAACAACCGUCGAAUCUAACGAACAACAAAUGUCGACAUUUCCCAAACCAUUGGAAGCACAGAAGACAUUACUAGAAACGAAGGACAAAAGAAAGGAAAUAUUACGAAAAGAAAUCAAUCUUACUGAUGCCAAUAAAAGGACACAGUCUACAACAACAACAAAAGAACAAAGUAAAGGCAUUAUCAGAAAUCCGUUUGUACAUAGAAAAGUUAACAAUGAAUCGACAACAGUUGGCUCUAGGAAACGUGAUGCUGAUGAUGAUAAAAUCAAAGGCACUUCUAUUGCCGCCAAUAGGAACAUCAAGGAAAAACUACAAGUACAAAAGAACACAGAAUCUACUGAAGAAACAAGUCAAGGACAAAAAGAAUUGGUUCUGAAACAAGAUAGAUUUGCUCCGAGAUCAAAAGCUGAAAUAAAAACGGACUCAUCGAAGACAAGUCCGAAAGCUGAAAAGGUUCCCAAGAUCUUCAGUGGUGAAUCAGAAAAUACUACUUCCAAAUCAAAUGAAAAAUCGGGAUCAUCUGAGCAAAGAAAUAACGCAGAUUAUAAAAAAAAUGGGGACGAAAAAAAUGCAACGCAGCGCGAAGAAGGUUGUCAAGUGAAAUCAAAAGUAUCCUCAACCACAGAGAACCGACUGAACGAUGCUGAAACCGACAUUGACAAAGAUGUAUCGCAGAAGUCAUCAGAAGUAAAAAUACUUGAAAAGAAACAUUCUGAUGUUUCCGGAACAUCUGUGCAUGGCAACAAUGCCGUUGAUGUUGAAGCCGUUAGAACAAAAAACAUAAUCGAAAUGACGAAACGACAAACAGGCAAAUAUGAAAAGGCUGUUAUGAGUCCUCACAAUAAGUCGGAGUCGACGAACAAAAUAUCGGACAGCAAUUCAAUUGGAGAUAGUUUCGAAGGUAAUAGACAAAAUCAAUUAGAGUUUAAGUCUAGCCAGACAAGUGAAAAUCAAUGCAGUGCAGAGGAAGGCGGUAAACUUGUUAAUGUCCUGGAAAACAAGGUGGAUGAGUCCAUGAAAAUAAAAACAACACUAUCGUCAAACACGGAAUAUCCUAGUUCCAGCCAUACAAACAAUAAUCAAUGCCAUGCGGAGGAAGACGGCAAACUUAUUAAUGCACAGGAAAACAAACUGAACGAUGAAUCUGUAAAAAUAAGAACAACAACAUUAUCUUUUAAAAAGGAACCAACUAGUUCCAGCAAUACAAACGACAAUAAAGUGGAUGACAAAUCUCCAGUACUGAUUACGAGCUCGGAUAAAAGCGACAAAAAUGACAUAACUAAAGCUCAAGUUAAUAGAGUUGUCGAUUUCGAGUCGAUGUUCUUUGGUGGCAUAGACAAAGAUCAGCAACAAAAUAAAACAAAUGAUCAGGAUAUCCCAAAAGCAUUUAGCCAUGAAGUGGCGGCAGAUCAAGCAGAAAGCAAUUCUGAAGAUCACAAAAAAAGUAUUCGCAAAGUUAAAGGCACGAAAAGAAACCAAAGAUGUAAGAACAAGAGUGGAAAUGGUGAUUUUAAGGCAAAAGAGCUUCAAAUAAAAGGAUCGACAAGAAGCAUGAACAUUUCAACAACUAGCGCUACCAUUUCAAGUGUGGAAGGAAAAUGUGGACAGACAACAGGGAAUUCAAUCACAGCCAGCAAUAAAAAAACUCGAAAAACAAACAUCAGCAAAGACCAAGGUACAACACAAACGAAUUGUAAAAAUGUUGUUACUGACUCAUCUACGACUGGCUCAGUACCUCAAAAUGAUCAGAAUAUGGCUUCCCAGGACACCACACCAGUUGACCAAAGGCCAAUAAUAGAAAAAUCUGUAGAAACUACUGCGAUAAUAAGCGGUUCGCCAAAAAAGAAUAAGGUAUCAACAAUUAAACCCCCGCAGCAUUGUUAUCCAAUAGAUGAGAAAAAGAAUGAAACUGAAGGCGCCAAUUUAAGCUUGAACAUUUCUGACGGAAAUAGUAUUAGUAAGAAGAGCGGAAGUACAUUAGAUCCUGUAGGAGACAGUAAAGCAAUUGAUGAUACAAAGAUAAGGUCAUUGGCUAGAAAGCCGCCUCGCAGAAAUAUUUCUAAUAAGGACAAUGCAAAAACCAAUAACGUUGUAAAAGAUUUGCCAAAGGAAGAAAUUAAAAGUAAUAUGUAUCCACUGCCUCAAAACAAAGAUGAUUCGCCUCGUACAAUGGAGACAAACUUGGAAAAUGCUGAGCAAGUGAGAAUAUUGAGAAAGCGUGCAAUGGAUUCGCCAGUAAAUGUGUCCAAAAAUAUGGAUAUACUGCAUAAAAAACCUUUGUUACAUGUGGAUAUGGAAUGUAAUAAGAAGCGAGUAUUACGUUCCCCUGCGCACCAAUCUGUAGCUGUACCUCCUAAAAGAACUAAAUUAGAUAGAAAUGUUCGAGCCAAAAAUGUGACCGAUAAAUAUUAUGCAACUGGUGCGAUGCCCUCAGAAAGUAAUACGGAUCAGUCUCGCCCAAGAUCGAUCUCCAAACAAAUCAAUGAAUCUGUUAAUCCAGAAGAAAACGCCCAAUUAGAGGUUGCAAACCAAACAGCUCUGCCCGACGCAUGUAUACGUGAUGAUAAUGAAGCGAAAUCAGUUGCAGAAACCCGAUCGAUUUCAAAAGAAGUAAAUAUGACUGUCGAAAAUCUAAUGAAUGUGUCGGUUAAUACAAUGCCAGUCACUAAAGUUUCUCCGACUAAAAAGUCAAUCCAGACAGACAAGAAACGAAUAAGACACUCUUCGAACAAAUGUGACCUGGAUAAUAGUAGCAUUCCUUCAUCGGUAUUGUCGUUUGCUGAAUGGUUAGACAAAAACAAAAAAAUCGAGCCGGCUGAGGAAAAGCGGGUAGAAAAUGUCGUUGAAAAUUGUCGUUCGCGAAAGUCGUUUAAAUCGAAAGGUAUAUCGUACAAGCAUGGCAGUCAUGGUCCAGAAAUUUGCUCCGAAAAGGGGUAUAAAGCCGAAAUGAAACAGCAGAAAGCAGACAUGACAGAAUGUGAAACAAAUAUUCAAACGGAUGGCUUAUCCAAAGCUUCAAGCUCCCGUUCACGUUCUAGAAUGAAACGACGUACUAUUGGAAACACACAGCAAACAUCUAAUAUUAAGCAAAAGAUAGAUGUAGUUCGACCAUCUUCGGCCAGUCCGACAAAAGGUGACAAGCUAAAAAAAAGAACUGAAAUUGAAAAACUGAUAGAAUCGAUGUCGAAGGAAAUGAAGGAUGGCGGAAUCGAGGACUUACUUAACAGAAGCGACCACGUAAAGCGACAAAGGCUGUCUUUAAAAAAAAAUACCUCAACCGAUUUAGUUGCAGCACCAGGACGGACGAAAGCCGACCAGGAAAAUAACAAUAAGACUAAAACAAUCGGCGAUAUUGCGACAAAUCCUUCUGACAAUCGUCCACCAAAGUUUAAGAAACCGAAUGUGCCCAAGAACCAAGACUUAGUUCUAUCUAUCGAAACCGAAAAGGCUCUCAUUGAUGAAAUUGAAAUUAUAAACAUGAAUUCUAACUUCUUGAAGCCACUAAAAUGUGGAUCACCAAUUCAAGUGGCAAAUGGUAACCAAACCCAGUCUUCAAGGCACAUCCAUCUUAAUAAAAGUAACAUAUCGAAGCCUAGUAACAAAACUGUACACUUCAAAGGGUGUCGCAAACUGAAGAUACGAAUUAAUCGAAGUUUCGUAAAUAGGUAUUUGAGAAAUCUUGAAAAGGAAAAGACUGCAGAAUCAUUGCUGCGUACAGAAAAUGAGAAAAACGCAAACAAGAAAGGAACACAAUGCUCCACGCAUCCUGUCCAAAAAGAUAUUCUGUCCGAAAAUCGGGUACCGACAGUCAAUAACAGUGUCAACAUUCCUAAGAUUUCAUCAAAUUGUGAUGUUACGAUAUUGAGUACUAGUGAAAAAAAUAUCGGAUCAUCUAACCACGUUCUGCAACCAGAAAGUGGUAGAGGAGACGCAACGGUUUCAAAAGUUAUACAAAAUGUCGAGUGCCCAAAUGAAGUUAUGAAUGGAAAUAGCAGUGCUCUCUCUGGUGUUCCAGUUGAACUUAAACACGAGUUUUUGGAUGAGACACCCGGUGGAUCGCAGGAAGGCAUACUGCCGGACACCCCAACUCUUAUGGCGCGAUCACAUUCCAUUACGCAAGCGGCAGCCAAUGCUCUGGCAAGCACAAUCAUACCAACGGAUAUACGUCUGUUGACGAAUGACCCUUUGACAUGCAUUCAUGUUCCGUCUUUUGGGGUAACGCCGACUCUAAUUGAUGCAAAGGGGACACGAAUGUACACAUUUUUGCAUCCUGCAAAGUACAGUCGGAAUCAUGGAAAUGUGUUACUUGAUUAUUGCUGUCCCAACUUGGAUGGUCCUAUGCCAGCAAUAGAUCCCACACGAAUACACGCACAAGUGCAAACUCCUGUCGUUGAAUUACCAGAAUUCAUUGUGCUGACGACAAAGGUAGUGACGCGCGCCGAAUUGGAGAGUAACUCCUCUACCAUUCCUGAAGUUAUACGGAAGAAGGCGGAGAAAUUAAGAAGUAGUAUAACAAAUCAAAAUGUCCAAAUUGCUGCAUCGGGUUCAUCGCUUGUAGUGCCAGCCACGGACGGUUUGUUGCUAGAACGCGGUCGGACUAAUCCAAAUCAGCCACAGAUUCCACAACAAACGCUACCAACAGUCAUGCCUUUGAUAAUGAGACCGCCACAUUUAACACCAGCUCCACACUUAUCACCUGCUCUUAACGCACUUACUAAACACUUGCCAUCCACCACAACCAUUACUCCUAAAGUAAGACCAGCACUCCCACCGACAUCACUUUCUAUGUCGUUACCCCAAGCCAAGGUCAAUCCAACAACAUCUAUAUCUGUUGUGCCUAAGGCAUCAGAUUUGUUAAGUGAUAUGCAGCUGGAACUACUGCGGUCGAAUCUAAGGCGUUUUGAUGUAAUACUUAAGAAACUAGCUCAACCAUUUGAUAAACUUAGUUUUAUUGAACGGCACCAAAUCAUUGAGAAUAUUAUAAAAUCAGGCAAAUUUCUCCCCAAGGACCUGGAAUGGAGCAUGGUCUUUAUGGAAGAGUAUUUGAAACAAGUUAAUUCUGUGUCGCAACGCGAAAUAGUAUCAUUAAACAAUACCAAUAUUAGUUGCAAUACAAAGAGUAUUCCGUUGCCGAUCACUCAAAUGACAACAUUGUCAGGCGCGCAAAGCAUGGUAGAGCCAAAAACAUCAGCCUUAAGAACCAAUGCGUCAUGUCCCCAAUUUGAAGUCGGAAUCAAUCAAAAUACUGGUGUGAGAAAACAGCAGUUGUCGUCAACAAAAAACGUCAAAGUGUCGGUGAAUACGUCUAAUAUUAGAAAACGCCAAGUGCCUAUAUAUGAUACGGAGAAAAACAUUAUAGGAUAUCAACUACAAGUCAUAACUCCAACUAACAGUGCGACGUCAUCUUCCAAGGCAAUAGGCAGACGAUCUGAGGGAAUGUUAAUGCCAGAAAUAAGAACUGCUCCUAAACGAGCAGCUCAAGGCUCUCCUCAAAUAUUUUACACAACACCCCCCUUGCAAACAUCCGUACAUCCAGGACACUUAAACCCGACUAGUAGUUCUCAUCAACAUGGUUCUAUUGUAACUACUAUGCGUUCUUCGGGCUCGGCUACCGCAGGCACCGAAACCAUUACAACAACGACAAUGGCAGUGAAACGUGUCACACGUAGUCGGGCUGCGGGUUCAAAAAUCAUUAUAAUGUCCAAAUCGAAUAACAACGAGGAAGCUAUAUUGCCCGACGUUAGCCAUCGCACAGAGAUUAAAAAUGAACAAGAUGAUGCAAAUGAGUUUGCAGGAUGA